AUGGUUCUAGCUGGCAAACUUAUUACAGAACUUGGGGUCAAAACACCCGCUGACAAGUUCUUCAAACUGUUUGCAUCAGAACUUCACGAAGUUCAAAACAUUUGUGAAAGAGUUCAUCAUGCCAAGCUGCAUGAAGGUGAAGACUGGCAUCACAAUGAAUCUGUUAAACACUGGACUUACGAAAUAGGUGGUGAGGUUCACACAUGUAAUGAAAGUAUUGAAGAAGUUGAUGAGGAGAACAAAAAAAUCACUUAUAAGCUGUUUGGUGGAGAUAUUGACAACUUCACUGUUUUUAAGCUGACUCUGGAAGUAAUCAAUAAAGCUGAUGGCACUGCUGCUGUUAGAUGGACUAUUGACUAUGUAAAAAUCAAUGAAGAUGUUGAUACUCCAAAUGGCUGGAUGGAUUACCUUAGCAAAGCCACUAGAGACAUUGAUGGUCACCUUAUCAAGGGAGAAAAGGUUGCAUUAUAA